GUCUGUCCAGUACAGAUAGAGACACAGACCGGUGUCUGUAUUAUCACCCACAUUACCAUGUACUACCGGAAGUGCGUCAUCAGUUCUUAAGGACGAUCCCUGACAUUUUCUUUGUUAUGUUAUAGCGCCGUCGGCUCCACAUCCGGCUUCCGUACGUCCGUUGACAUUGCGUCGAAAGGAAGCCGGCGUUUUGCCUGCUGCAACUGUCAGCGGCUUCCUAGAUCCUUAUAGAUCCUGUACCAAAUAGAGCGCCACUCAGAACCAUUAGUCAGCAGGGUCAGUAAUGGUUUGUCCCCAAAUGUAGCGUGAAAGUAUACAUGUGCGGGUCCCAAAAGGCUAGAGUGCUGAUAAACCGGUCAGGGAGAGAGGGGGUGGCUCGUGUGCCGGGUGGAUCGAAAUCCUAUAUUUCAUCGCGCAUCACGUGAGGCCGUAUCCAACCUUGGUUAUCGAUCGGGAAUCCGAACCCAAGAGUGCAGACGGAACAGUGGAACACCUCCGGUGGACAUCUCACACACGCCCGUACAGAACCGGUGUGGACGGACGGUGAUAUCCCCGGACAUACUCCCAACACACAACAGUUGCUACCGGUCAGCGUUUAACAGCGCUCGCUGUACCCACCCCUGCUCACUAGGAAGAAACCUGUGCCUCAGAGAAACAUGCCGUGGAAGGCGCCGACCCCGCCCAGCCCGUGCUCCGUGUGCGACAAGUCUGUGUACGAGAUGGAGAAACUAACGGCAGACGGCGUCAUCUACCACAAAGCCUGCUUCAGGUGUUCCCAUUGUAAGAAGGUACUCAGUUUGGGAAGCUACGCCAGCCAGGAGCGCCGACUGUUCUGCAAGCCACACUUCAUACAACUCUUCAAGACCAAAGGAAACUACGACGAGGGCUUCGGCAAGGAACAACAUAAAAAGCAAUGGGCGGCCAAAUGAUACAUUCUGGAAGGGAGAACAACAGAGGGACUUUAAUUGGAGACACUCACAUGAAUGCUUUAAAUAUGAAUACAUAAAAGUGUCCUACUUCUAGAUCCUAGUACAUGUGUAGUUUUCUCUACAGCAUUUCUGAUUCUCUUCAUAAUUUCGACUUUUGGGAAUAAUUUCUUUUCUCUGCUAGUCCACUGGCACACGGGCGUCGGCAAUGUGACAUCCAUGAAAAGAGCAAAAGGACGGGAAUUGAAAGAUUCCCAAAGUUAGAAUUAUUUAGACAAUCACUGGCACUUAGAGUUUCAAUGGUCAUGUGACUAUGACGUAAUUUGGCGUCCGCCAUGUUGGUGGGUUAAACGUCAUUGUACGAGAAGUGUUCUAAACAGCUGAUCUACCUCUACCUCAACAUGCCUGACUCUUGCCUCUGCAUGUAACUAGAGAGCGCUCAGCUCUGUGACCUGACUACGAACAGUUUCCCAAUUACAGAAGCAUUAUGCGUCCAAACAAUCGGUCGCCAUCUUUGAUGUACGCAACCCACCAACAUGGCGGUUGGCUAAUUAUAAGUUGUGACGUCAAACACCGCAAUCCAAUGAGAAGCUGUUAUAAUAACAGGUGUACUGUGUACAUUUUCAUCGAAGUGUUCCUAAACAUUCAACUGGGAAAGUAGGGAGAAGAUCGACAUGUUGUUGUAGAAUCGGAAUUCAAUUUUAAUAGGACUUUUUGUAAACGUCUGAUCAGAGUUUAUUUGUAAGUUUCUUAAUACAAAAUGUGCCACAGUUGCAAUUGAAUGUGUAAGGUAAAGAAAGGGAAAAGUAUCACGGUGGACACGGGCACUUAGCUUCUCUACUUGAUCCUUGUACACAAGUAUUAGACCACUCAGCUGUACAGCACUGUAUAUAGCACUAUGCACAACUGACCGUCAUGUUUUAUAGAUUGGCGAGACAACAAAGUUGUUUUUUCAUUGUUUAAGAUCUACAAUAGUCACAAAUGUCACCUGCAGAGUUAAUACGCCCACGUUGUUCACUGUCACUGUCUCUGAAUGUUUCUCGAACAAUAGUUGUCGUUGUUUCUAAAGACAGCAAGAAUUCAUGUGGCCACAUGCCAAGCCUCUAGUGCCGUUGCCAUGGUAUUACUUACGUCACAUCCGCCACUGACGUACGCUGAAGUUUACGAUCUUGUCAGGACCACUAAUGACACUCAAAUUCAAAAUGACACAAAAUUCUCACAGAUCUAUUUCCUAAGUUUCUCAAUUUUCAAUGAUAGAAGAUGAAAAAUAGUAAAAAGAAUGAAUACAUUUUAAAUGUGUCCUACGUGCCGUGAAGGGCGAAUAAAUGUCUUUAUUAUGUA